AAAGUUGAUUCAAAAAAGCGCGGGAUUUUUUUUUAAUAAAGUGUACGAUCGUGUUCCGUCGUCUUGAAAGGGAUAAAUUAAUUUCUACAUGUAAAAUAAAAAUGAAAUGAAUAAAGAUAGCGAUGAAUUUCUGGAAAUAAAAAAACAAGGCUGUAUGGGCUAAGUUCUUUAACUUCAUAUAAAAAAUGACAUUGAGUUUGACUUGACGGUGGUUUUUUGCAAAGGUUUUUUGACACACGUUUGUUUUGAGUUUUUGGGUAUAAUUUUGAGUUUUGCAACUGUUAUGGUUAAAUGUCUUAUUUAAUGAAUAAAAUCAGUUUCAAAAAACUUGAACUUUUAGUUUGAUAGUUACAGGGUCCAGUGUGUGUGCUAUAACACAAAAUGGACUUGUUAACGUUUAGAAAAGUAUGCCCGGCCGGGAGGCAAGCUAUGGGAUGCUUUUUGAUAUCAUUGUUAACUUUCUCCGUCUCGUUAUUUUCUGGAACGAGCUUAGGCUAUACGUCCGAACUAUGGGCCUUGACUUACUGGGGUCCUGCACUCUAUUUCUGUUUGUUUAAUUUUAUUUUAAGAUAUUGUUACAAGGGCUUCACUUAUGAGGUUUCAGUGAGAUCAGCAUUUCUAGGUGCAGUAUUCGCUACUGGCAUGUAUCUUGCCACUUUUGAAAACGGCUAUAGUGUAUUUGGCUUAUACAUGAUGAUUUUAUCUAUGUUUCAUUUCUCCGAGUUUAUGGCUGUUGCAUUAACAAACCCUAGAACUUUGACUAUAGACUCGUUCAUAUUAAACCACAGUCUGCAGUAUGGAUUGGCUGCAGUUGCUAGUUGGACAGAGUGGGCCAUUGAGUUUUACUUCUUCCCAGAUCUCAAGACUCAUUUUUGGCUGUCUUGUGUUGGUGUAGCUAUGUGCAUUGGUGGAGAAAUACUCCGGAAGUCGGCUAUGUUUACAGCCAAGACAAAUUUCAACCACACAGUACAGUUUGUGAAGCGUCCCGAUCAUGAGUUGGUGACGCACGGCGUGUACGCGCUGUGCCGACACCCCAGCUACGUGGGGUGGUUCUACUGGUCAGUUGGCACGCAGGUAACUAUAAUAAACUUUGGAUUAUGACUAAUAGAUAAUGUCGAUCUCCAUAGCUGAGUUGCGAUCAAACCAGUUUCAAGAUAUCGCCAUCUCUGAAGUCACAGGUUUAAUAUCCAGUAGGGUCAAUAUAAGAAAAUAAUAUUUCAUAGUCGUCUAUUAUUUCAGACUCCCAUAACUCAAGGGCUACUUAGGUUGAUGUGAACAAUGUAUUGAUGUUGGCUUUUAUCUUUUAGAUUUAUUCAUUAUUAUAACGUUUAAAGUGAUAACUAAACUCUACUCUCCAUUACGAAGUACUAACAGACAUGUAAACUUAAAUAAAAGUAAUUAAAUUCCAUACAAAUAUAAUUAUUUAAUUAAAAAAGACCACAAUAUAUAGGAAAAAGAAAUUAAAUCAGAUUUAUCAAUAGAAAAAAAAAAUACAAUUUUGACUGUAUUCCUCAGAUAACGCUACUGAAUCCCGUGUGCCUAGUGGUGUACGCGCUCGCAUCAUGGACGUUCUUCCGCGAACGAGUGUACGCCGAGGAGUUGACGCUACUGUCAUUCUUCGGUGAGAAAUAUGCUGCGUACCAGCGCGCUGUAGGUACAGGUCUGCCGGCCAUACGGGGCUGCGUCCCGGGGGUUAAUCAGGAUCUUAAAGACGAUCAUUGGAGCUAUUAAAGAUGAGAAGUUGCGUUCUUUGGUGAUACAACGAGGUCGUCAGUACGGACACGCGUCACAAGUGCGUCACAGGUCUUGCAGGUCAUGGAGAUGCGCAGGGACUUGGUCCAGAUGAACAGUUAAUAACUUCCUUUAUGUUUUAUUAUACACCCUAUCGUUUAAUCUAUGACAAGCUCGGAUAGCUGCUCUCACAGAAGGAUAAGUACUGAAAUAAUCGACUUCGUUUAAAUUGAUUCCAUAACUUUUUACAGUAGAAGAAUUGCUUUGUGAGACUUGUGCAUUUUUUACAUGUUAUGUUUUCGAUGAGAUUUCAUUCUCUACACUUAUACAUAAUACAAAAAACUAAAGAACAGGACAAAUAUUUCAUAAUGUUAAAUUUUUUCCUUACUUCGUAUACAAAAUUAUAACAAUGUUUAAAAUUUGGAGCCCAUCUGUGGUCUGCUAGAAGUAAGUUGAAUUGCAAUAAUUCUUAAAGUACUCAUCCAAAUUUAAUGUGAUUCGGAAAUGCGCCUCUUUAUGUGAUUUCCUCUUUGUCACUGAAAAUUUAGGCUUCUAGUUUACUCCACAACAGUUACAGGGGGUCUAAAAUGGCCCGAGCAAAAAGUAUUACUUUUUGCUCGACUAAUAUUGUAAACGAAUGCAUACAAAGAAAUGAAUUGUACAUAAUAUUGUAACAUGUUUCAAGUAAAUAAUAUACAACAAGAAAAAUAUACGUUAUAUAUGUCGCAGCCAACUGGUUAAAACAGCCAUAAUUGCACGCCUAGUUUUCUAGUUGAAUCAUUAUGACAUUUGGUCCGUUCAUCAAGACGGCUGAUUUAAAAGCCGUCAAAAUGUUCUUUAGUUUUGUUAUCUGUAAAAAAAAACCUCGAAAUUUAAGACGAUCGCGAAGCGUAGCGUAGUGUUUUGGUUCUGUAGGUACAUAUCGUGGUGUAAAAUAUUUUCAAUUACUAGAUGUUUUUAAAUAAAUGUAUGAUAAAAAAUUACAAUGCGUAACUUGAGUUAACAACUGUUCUGUUAAUUAUUCUUUAGUUCAAUAACUGUUGUUAUAUUUACCAACCUACAUAAAAGCGAAUUGUGUAUCACCAUACACAAUCAGAGAAACAUAUGAAAUAGAAACCAAAGUUAUCAUACAACAAGAAACCAAAGCUUUAUAUUGAGAAAUAUUGUGUUUACUAUAGCAUAGUCCCACGUAAAUCGUGUUCUUGACUCAAACUCAUUGAAAUGUAGUGAAAAAAAAAUUACAUCUUGACAUGAACGAUUAUGGCCCUUUGUCCAUUAUAUAAUUGAUACAAAUAUAAGCAUUUUUAUAUUUACCGUUAACAAUUAUAAUAGCUUAUCGAAUUACAUUAAUACCCUGCAAAGGAUACUCUUUAAGGGAGAAAUUUAAGGAAAUAGACAUUAUGACUGUUGCUUCUCAAUACAUAUACGAGAACUUAAUGUACGUUCGUAAAAAUAUUAGUUUGUUUUCUAUUAAAAGUGAUGUACACAAUUUUAAUACAAGAAAUAAAAAUAAAUUAACGGUGCCUGUCACUAGACUGCAAAAAGUUAAUAACUCUUUCAAGGGUCUUUGUGUGCGCUUCUACAAUAAGGUCCCAAGCAAAAUACAACAAUUAGAUAUCAUGCAGUUUAAAUCUACUAUUAAAAAAAUACUUAUUAAAAAAGCUUAUUAUAAGGUAUCCGAUUAUGUAACAGAUAAGAACGCUUGGACUUGAGAUGAUCCAGCAACUGGAUAGGUGAUUACUUCUAAACUCAUUAUCUUGUUUCCAUUAUUAUUAAAUGAUUAUGUUAUUAUUAUAAGACCAUAGUUUUUUUUUAUCUCUGUUUAUAAUGUAUUGAUCUGGUAAUGACAUGGUUUUUGUAAAUGUCAUUACUCAUAUUAGAGCUGGUGAGUUUCUUGCUCGUUCUUCUUAUCAGCCAAAAGACGUCCUGAACGAGUGGUAGGGAAAAAAUGUUGGACGAUUCAAAAGUACUUUUAAGAAGUCUAUUUGAAUAAAGAUUAUUUUGACUUUGACUUUGACUUUGGAUAUGACGUGAAGAUAUAGAUAGAUCAAAUUAUAAUUAACUAAAACAGCGAAGUAUGUUGUAAACUAACAUGUCGUUAGUAACGCUACUCGUUAAUAGAUGGCGCCGGUUCAUUUCGGUGAAACCUCAACAAACUCAGUAUGCUUCUCAAAACGGAGAUAUACCUACUGAGGAAUAACCGGUUCUAUUUGCAUUAAAUAAUCUUCUAAACGACAGCACUGUUUUAAAAUAUUGUUUCACCUGCGGCGUAGGUGGAAUGCGCGCGUCCCGUGGGUCCUACGGGUUUACCUAUAAAGGCGAAGUCGCGGGAAAACAGCCAAAAUCCUAUUAAUAUUAUAAAUGUGAAAGUUUCUUUGUUUGGAUGUUUGUACGUCAAUCAAGCCGGAACUACUGAACGGAUUUUGAUGAAAUUUGGUGUACAGAUAGGGUGUUAGCUGACUUAGAUAAUAGGAUACUUUUUAUCCCACUAAACUUUUCCUAGGGUCCACGCGGGCGAACCCGCUGGCGAAAGCUAGUGUAAAAUAAAAUUUGAAAUUUGUGCUUUAUACUAAUUGAUAAUUUUUCGUGCUAGCAUGUGUAACUUUAAAGGAACUCUUAUAGUUUAAAAUUAAAAAAAUUAACAAGUUUCAAAUUUUAUGUCAUCUUUAUCUUACGAGGUUAUUGCAACUUACUUUUUAUUAUUUUAUAUGUACAUACAGCGUUAACUAUCUUUUUUUUUUAAAAAUAGUACAGAAAUUAUGAACUUUUUUAAAUGUUAAAUUUUUAAAUAAGGUUCUAGUCAUAAUUGUCUGUGAAUUCAAUAUUGUUAUUUAUAUGUAAAUAUACAGUUUUUGUAAAUAACUUAAGAGUCUAUACUGUGUAUCAUUGACUAACUCUUCUGUGUUCUAUAUAACUGUAAUAUUUUAUACAAAUUUUGUGAUUUUAAUAAUAUACUAUUUGAACUC